GCUCAAAACCCAAUUACCUUUCUCUUUUUAAUUCAACAACUCACACUUUCUUCUCCCCUACACCGCGCUCAAUCCAAACUCCUUUGCCUCUUUUCUUUUCUUUUUCAUCCAUGAUAUUACUGCAUGUGCUUUUUCAAAACCAGGGGCCCCAACUUUUCUUCCCCUCAAAGACCUCCCAAAAAUGAAGUUAACACAAACCAAAACGCAGUCCCUUUCCGUACUGAAUCACGCCAUGGAGUACUCAUAAAGCGUACGAGCACUUCUCCACUAUCAUACAAUACCAACCCCACUCACACAAAUCAUCUAAUCUCAUCUCCAUUAAAAUAAAUCUCCAAAACAAAACACUUGCCUAUAUAUAGAAAACCCUCCUCAUAAAUUAUCAUUUCUCUCUUAAUGCUUUUUCAGGUCAUCAAAAAAUCAGAUGAGAAAGGCAGAAAAAGAAGAAAAGAAGAAGAACAACUAUGGAGAAUUAUGAAGUUCCAACUCGGCCUAAUCUAGCUUUUCCUGUUGGCUUGGCUCUUCUUCUGUUCCUCUUGCUUAGCAUCAGUGCCUUCUUCUUGUGUUGCCUCCAUUGGGACAGGAUUCGAGCUCUCAUUUUUUCCUCUGUGGAAGACAACCCUGCAGAUCAAAUUCAACCAGAGUUGGAUCAGAAACCUGCACUUCCUAACAUGAUGGCAAAGCAAAAUCAGCAACAGAGCCUGCCAGUGCAGAUGCCAGGAGAUCAGGUGCCAAAGUUCAUUGCAAUUGCUUGUCCAUGCGAGCCUCCAGUUAGGGAGAAGCUCACUGUGAUUGUUCAGAAGCCUGCCUAUUUCUGUGACGCCGCUACUGUAUAUAUCUGAGAAAAGGAAAUAAAAGAGUAUAUAUAUUGUUGUACAAUAUUAUUUGUCAAGAAAAUAGUGCAAGCUACAUAUAUAGAUGAUGAACACAAUCCUGUUUUUAUUUUU